GUGAAUAUUUAAUGUGGCGAAACAAGCUCCAGCGUCGGAAAUGCCGACUCUGACUCCGUCCUGCCCUGUUGUUGAUGUCCUGGGCGAGUGGCGGCCCUGCGAUCCGCCCCACCUUGGGAGGGGUGAGCCGCCCACCAUUGGACAAAACGUCAGGGACAUCAGUCUGCGCUGGGAAGGGUCAACGGCACGUAAACAAAAGCAACCCGACUCAACGACAUUUGCUUACAACAACUCUUAACGACAGCUUUGGGUUACCUGGCUACACAUCCUGCGACACUUUGGCGCGGAGCGGCUCUUGGAAUGGCUGCAUCUUGCUUUGACGUGGAAACAUCCGAUUUUCCCGAUUGACGAGGCGCGACAGCGAACCACGAUGCGCUGACCCAGACGACGACAACGACAGCACCUACACCGACGACAAGAACAACAGCAAACAUGGCAAUUCAGACGAAACCGAUCCCAGCUCUUUAUACCGUAUACAUCCUCCGAUCUACAGUCCGCCAUGCCUCGCUCUACAUUGGCUCCACUCCCAACCCGCCGCGGCGCCUGGGCCAGCACAACGGCACGGCGCGUGGAGGGGCCGCGAAGACGUCGAGGAACAGCCUCCGGCCGUGGCAAAUGGUCGGCCUGAUCUCGGGGUUCCCGAGCAUGGUCGCGGCCUUGAAGUUUGAAUGGGCACUGACCAACCCCCAUCUCUCGGUGCACAUCCCCUCCGACUCGCGCCUCUCUAGAUCGACGCAGGUCAAGGCAAAUGGCCAGCCGCGCAGGCCAUCCAAGAGCAUGGUCUCCAUCUUGUCCAACGUCCACCUGCUUUUGCGCGUGCCCAGCUUCGUGCGCUGGCCGCUCAAGCUGCACUUCUUCGUCCCCGAGGUCUACGCUGCGUGGCAGAAGUGGUGUGCAACGGCCGCGGUGCCGUUGCGGCCGAGCCUCGAGGUUGUCACCGACUUUGGAGGCGCGCAGACGAGCGAGGGAGAGCCAGACGACUAUUCUGCCGCCCCUCUGGCUGAAGAGAGCGAGUCGUCCGAUGAAUUAGAACAGACCAAGACCUGUGGUAUACACGCCCUCCCGCUGGACUACGAGCCGAUCAAAGACUACGUGGCCAAGGCGCGGGGCAUUUUCGAGUUUGAGCGCGAAGGCGACUGUGUCGUAUGCCACAGGGCCAUCAAAUCCGGUGAGGGCCUGCACGCGGUCUGCACGAACGGCGGAUGUGACGGGGUCGGGCACCUGUCCUGCUGGAGCCGGCAUUUCAUGCCCUCCCAAGGCCUCGACAACAUACUGCCCAUCCAGGGAUGGUGCCCAAAGUGUCACGGCGAGAUCCAGUGGAGCGACAUGAUGAAGGAGCUCACGCUGCGGCUCAGAGGAAAGAAGGAGGUGGAUAAGCUGCUCAAGACGAAAAAACGGCGCGCGCCCAACAAGGCUAAAGCGAAGGUCUAGCAUCGAUUAUCUAGGACAGGUCACGCAGGGGCAGGUUUUAGCCCGCCAAAGGUUUAAGGCGGACGGAACCCGGGGAACAAUUUGCAUAAAUCGGGUGUUUUGGUUAACGGGAAGGGGUGUUUGGGGGUGGGUUCUUUUUUAUGGGUUCUUUUUUAAUUUUUAAGAAAAUUAGAACUGUUCAUUCAGAAAUCCUUGCAUCACGAAAGGCUUGGGAUAUUCCAGGUGCUGCCCUUCUCCUUCGUUCACUCACAUCAAACUGGAAGCCAUAAGCAAAUCUCCACAGACCAAGGCGCCUUGCCUAAAAAUACGCAGUGCUAGCGUGCCCUAGCCAUGUCGUUUGGAGCGAACCGAGCUAGGAAAUCAGAUUGCCGAUCUCGAGUCACAUGUUUCUGCUGAGUCAGGUUGGCCAGCCCCGCAAUCGCCCCCAACCCUUGGGUCCUUUUUUUGAACGUCAAUCGACC